UGCUCUUUCUGAAGAAGAAAAAACUACAUUGCGUGCUGGACUUAUCACCAACUUUAAUGAGCCAGUGAAUCAGAUAGCAACUCAGAUAUCAGUACUGAUUGCUAAAGUUGCCAGGGUGGACUGCCCAAGGCAAUGGCCGGAACUUAUACCCACUCUUCUAGAAUCUGUGAAGGUCCAGGAUGAUCUUCGACAACACAGAGCGCUGCUUACCUUUUAUCAUGUUACAAAGACCUUGGCAUCCAAACGGCUUGCUUCAGAUAGGAAACUUUUCUAUGAUCUUGCAUCAGGUAUUUAUAGCUUUGCGUGUUCCUUGUGGAAUCAACAUACCGAUACAUUCCUACAGCAAGUUUAUACAGGGGAUGAAGCUGCAGCUAUAAAUUCACUAGAAAGAACCUUGUUGUCAUUGAAAGUGCUUCGUAAACUGACAGUCCAUGGGUUUGUAGAACCUCAUUGGAGUGUAGAGGUGAUGGGUUUUCUACAUGCAGUGUUUGAACGGCUAAAACAGUUUCUGGAGUGUAGUAGAAGUAUAAGAGCAGAAAACGUAUGCAGAGAUCGUCUAGAAAAAACUAUAAUUCUGUUCACUAAAGUGCUUUUGGACUUCCUGGAUCAACAUCCUUUUUCAUUCACCCCUUUGAUUCAGAGGUCAUUGGAGUUUGCUGUAAGCUAUGUUUUCACAGAGGCUGGUGAAGGAAUUGUAUUUGAGCGGUUUAUUGUACAGUGCAUGAAUCUCAUUAAGAUGAUUGUAAAAAAUUAUGCUUACAAGCCAUCCAAAAAUAUUGAAGAUAGCAGUCCUGAAACUCUUGAAGCACAUAAGAUAAAGACAGCAUUUUUCACAUAUCCAACACUAAUGGAAAUAUGUAGGAGAUUAGUCACUCACUAUUUCCUUCUGACAAAGGAAGAAUUAACCAUGUGGGAAGAGGACCCCGAAGGCUUCACUGUAGAAGAGACAGGAGGAGAUUCUUGGAAGUACAGUCUCAGACCAUGUACGGAAGUUCUUUUUAUUGAUAUUUUCCAUGAAUAUAAUCAGACUCUUACCCCUGUGCUUUUAGAAAUGGUUCACAGUCUACAAGGAUCUACCAAUGUGGAAGAUACCAGUGCUAUACUGAUUAAAGAUGCUGUGUAUAAUGCGGUUGGACUGGCUGCUUAUGAACUAUUUGAUAGUGUGGAUUUUGAUCAGUGGUUUAAAAAUCAACUAUUAGCAGAACUACAGGUUUCUCAUAACAGAUAUAAACCAAUACGCCGACGAGUAAUGUGGCUGAUUGGACAGUGGAUUUCUGUAAAAUUCAAAUCAGACUUGAGACCUAUGUUAUAUGAGGCAAUUCGUAACUUGCUUCAAGACCAGGACUUAGUGGUCCGCAUCGAGACAGCUACAACACUGAAGUUGACUGUAGAUGACUUCGAGUUCAGAACUGACCAGUUCUUACCAUAUCUGGAAUCCAUGUUUACACUGAUCUUUCAGCUACUUCAGGAAGUAACACAAUGUGACACCAAAAUGCAUGUUCUUCAUGUUCUGUCUUGUGUGAUUGAAAGAGUCAAUAUGCAGAUACGACCAUAUGUAGGAUGUUUGGUUCAGUAUUUACCACUCCUUUGGAAACAGAGUGAGGAGCACAAUAUGCUGCGAUGUGCCAUUCUAACCACCCUAAUCCAUCUUGUCCAG